AAAAGUAUAAAAAGGUGAGAGAAAGUCCUCAUAGCUUCAUACCGAGUCCCAGAUUCUUCUGACAGGUAGAAAAUCUUCUCAACACAAGCCAACAUGAAGGUUUGCAUCCUUUUCGUGGUCGUCUGCAUCGCACUGGUGACGGCGAAGUCCAUUCCAGAGAUGGUUGCUGCAAAGCGUUCAGAGAUAAGCCGUCGAGAGGCAUUACCAGCGGCCAAACCAGAUUUGCAUGACCAAAAGCGCAGGGGCUUAGAUCUCGACGACGAUGAUGUCGACGAUGAUGUCGACGAUGAUGUCGACGACGAUGAUGUCGACGAUGAUGUCGACGACGAUGAUGUCGACGACGAUGAUGUCGACGAUGAUGUCGACGAUGAUCUUGACGAUGAUGUCGACGAUGAUCUUGACGAUGAUUUCGAUGAUUAUCUUGACGACCUGCUGGACGACAAAAAGCGCUGAGAUUCUGCAAUCGGCUGCUGCCGGGUCAUGCUGACCUUUAACCUUUGUGCACAACAAUGGAGGAGCAAUUUGUGUGUAAACAUUCGGUCGUGGCUCCACGCUUUCAAAUAUGCGUCAUAAACAAAACCGAAUAAAUAAACUAUUAAUGUGUCGAUAAA